AUGUGUUGCCGGAGACACUCCUUCGCCUCCUCCUCCUUCUUGGACGAGCAGGGCUCUCCUUCUCCUCCUCCUUCUCCUCCUCCUGGGGAGGAUGCACGAAGCGCGGCGCGCCAAAUGUCGCCGCCUGCGCGGCGGAUCCCGCGCGAGGGCUGCGCUUCCCGCGCCGCAAAGCCCCGGCCUUCCCGUGCGCGCCCAAAGUUGGCGGCCUGGGCGGUGUCGCGCCGUGGGAGCCGCGGCGGUUCGAUCGUCGACGUCGUCGUCGUCGUCCUCCUCCUCCUCCUCCUCAUAGAGACGUCCCUCGCUGGCUGGGUCCGCUUUUGGUUGACGCGUGCUGCCCUGCGCCUGGCACCCCCUCGAAUGUGA